AAAGGCUUCUUUGGGUGUUUAAAGUCUUUUUUAUUUUAUCUUCCCCUACGUCGGUUCGGUUGUGAGCUAGGCUAGAAACUAUAUAAGUGUUCUUGGGGUUUUAAGGUUUUGGGGCAGCUUUUGAUCAUCAAAACAAGAAGUCGGUCUCAAGAGAUUAUUUUGAUUGAGCGAAGUAGGUCUGAUCAAGAGUAAUAAUAUAUCUUCUCUUGGUUGAGCUACAUUACCAAGUCCUUACGCUGCGCCAAUUCCCAACUCUGUGUCUCUCUCUCAGGGUAUUUUACAAGAGUCGUCUUGAAUAAUGAUGAAGAAGGCUACGCCGGAGGAGGCUCGGGCCGUAACACGGGUCUUUUGGGACAUCAAGAUGUGCCCUGUUCCCGAUGGCUUUGAUCCUCGCCUUGUCCGUCCGUGUAUGUCAAUGUUCUUGGAGAAGAAAGGCUACCAUGGUCUUCUCAACGUCACUGCCUUUGGCGAACUUUCGGACGUCCCUAUUGAAACUCUUAGUGGGGUCUCUUCCAGUGGUGUUCAUCAGAUAGAUGUUUGAUGAAAGAGCGUUGGCCAAUAGAACUACGGCCGCAUUCUAAGCAUUCCCAAAACCCAAAUUCAGCCGUUUCUGACAUCUGUCCUCUGUGUUGAGUGUUGUUGAAAUCUACUCUUUUAACUUUUUUUUUUUCUUUUUCUUUCCACAGACUCAGGGGAACUCGAGGAGGAUAACAGCGGUGAAUAUCCCUUCUCGUGCAGUGAACAGCCCUUCUCGAUUUGCUCAGUAUGCAGCUACAAGACUUAUUUCCAUUGGGCUGAAAGGUUUACCAUUGAUUCUGCCUUUGAAAGGUUCACCAUGCAUCUGGAUAGUACAUCCCAUCAACAGAAGUUGUCUACACUGCCUACUAUAAGUAGGCAACUCCAAUACAUGAGUGCACCAGUAAGUGAACUUCCUGAGAAAAACAUGGAGGCAGUAACAUCGGUCUUUUGGGACAUCAGGACGUGUCCGGUUCCACCUGGCUGUGAUCAUCGUCGGGUCGGUCCGUGUAUUAAACGGUUUUUGGGAAAUAAAGGUUAUUCUGGUCCUCUCACCAUCACUGCCAUUGGGUCACUAACAGACUUCCCUCGUGACUUUCUGGAAGAAGUCUAUUCCAGUGGAGUCUCUCUACAUAACGCUUUCGGCGAAACAGCGUUUGUAGACACUUUGGAUGGACUUAUUAUUGAUUUUACCUUCAAGAAUGAACCUCCAGCUAAUAUAAUGGUUAUAUCCGACGGAAAAUACUUCACUUCGAAAGAUUCUUUCAAGCUAGAAUCGACUGGAUACACUAUUAUGCGAUCUAAUACUCUGCCAGAAGUUGAGGAUGAUUUAGAAGUUGAGGAAGUUGAAACGAGUGAGUCUGCCUUCUGGAUUUGCUCUGUAUGCGACAUGGAUACACCUUCCCAAGGCUUUAAAAGCUUCAUCAAUCAUGUUCAUAGUAGGCAACAUCAACAGGAGUUGAGGGAAUGGGUUGCCUUUGAAUCAUUGGGUCGAGAAUAAGAAGAAGUGAAGAAGGCCCGUUUUUCAAGUCUCGUUUCCUUAAGAAGAACUUAUGCUUAUUUUCUCGUUUCUUGUUUGUUUUGUUUCUUGGUACUAAUAAUACUUUUGGUAUUAGACUUAUUUAAGUAAGAGAGAAACUCAUGGAAUGGCUAAAUGAA